AUGCCAACGGACAACAGGCACCUGCCAGACAGUAUGCAAGAGCAGGACCCUGGUACUACUUCAAGCAAUAAUUGCAUGCAUAAUGCUGAGCAAUUGGGAAUUGAACAAGAAAAUGGCGUUUGUAACAGUGACCUGGACAAUAGUAUUAGAGUUCCCAACUCUGCCAGUCAGGCGUCCACUUCCACGGCUGCUCCUUUGGAGGUGCCCAGGAGAGGACAACCCCUUUUACAGAUCAACAGGCAGCAGAUUCAGUCCAUCUCAUAUAGUGCACAGGCUGCUGAGCUCAAAGGUUUAGGAGUUGAUGUCUAUGACCAGGAUGUAUUGGAGCAAGGAGUUCUUCAGCAAGUAGAUAAUGCAAUUAAUGAAGCUAAUAAAGCAACAAAAAUAGCUGAUGCGGAAAAAGAAUAUCAGUCAGUGCUGGAUGACUUAAGAUCAUGUACAACAUCUCUGAAACAAAUAAACAAAAUUAUUGAGCAACUUUCACCUCAAGCUGCUGACAACAAAGAUAUAAACAGAAAACUAGAUUCUGUAAAACGGCAAAAAUAUAACAAGGAGCAACAGCUAAAGAAGAUCAAAGCAAAACAAAAGCGUCUCCAAGCAAUUCUUGGUGGAACAGACAUUCUUGAUAAAGUAAAUGAGAUUGAAUUUGAGGAAGAUGAAGAACCUGGUCCAUCAUGUCUUGGCAGUAUGCUUAUGCCUGUUCAGGAAACAGAGUGGGAGGAGCUUAUUCGUACUGGCCAGAUGACUCCAUUUGGAACUAAAAUACCUCAGAAGCCAGAGAGGAAGACACGACGAUUAAUGCUAAAUGAAGCAUCUGAUUUUGAAAAGUACUUAGCAGACCAAGCUAAGCUGUCAUCUGAAAGAAAGAAGUUAUCCCUUCACAAAGGAGCAAAGAAGAAAGCACAAGCCAAAAAUGUUCAGUGUGUAGCUCCCGCAUCUACUACAAAGGAAAAAAGGGGUAAAGCCCUGUCAAAAACAGACAAGCGCUUAAAAAAACACAUGAGAAAACUUCAGAAGCAUGUCCUUGAAAUUCAGUCAAAGACAGGGAUUCCAAAAGAAAAGAAAUAUCUUGAGCCCAAGAAGCUCAGGCAUGAACAGGAGGAUGAUAGUGGAGAGUCUGAGUAUGUACCUGAUGAGGAGCUCUUUGAUCCAGAAGCAGCAGAGGAGGAAGAGCAGGCAUCUUCUCAUGUAGAGAAUGAUUCUGAUUAUGAACUCAGGAAUUUGUCAAGAAAAAGAAAAUACUCGGUGAAGAGAGAUUUUAAAGAACCUGAAGAUGAUGCUGACUUCUUUCCAAGCUCUGAGGAAGAGGAGCAUACACAGGGGAAGCGCAAAGUAAAAAGAUGGAGAGACGAUGGAGAUGAAGACUAUUAUAAACAGAGAAUAAGGAGGUGGAAAAAAGAACGUUGGAAGGACAAAGAACAUCAAAUAGCUGAGGAACUUUCUGAAGAAAGUGACACUGAAUUUGAAGAGGGUUUCAAAGUACCAGGAUUUCUCUUCAAAAAGCUUUUUAAGUACCAGCAGACAGGUGUUAGGUGGCUCUGGGAAUUGCACUGCCAGCAGGCAGGAGGAAUUCUGGGAGACGAGAUGGGAUUGGGCAAGACCAUCCAGAUAAUUGCCUUCUUGGCAGGUCUGAGCUACAGCAAGAUCAGGACUCGUGGUUCAAAUUACAGGUACCAGGGAUUGGGUCCAACAGUGAUUGUUUGUCCAGCUACUGUGAUGCAUCAGUGGGUGAAAGAAUUCCACACUUGGUGGCCUCCAUUCAGAGUUGCCAUUCUCCAUGAAACUGGUUCUUAUACCAACAGAAAGGUGAAACUAAUUCAUGAAAUUGCCUCAUGCCAUGGAAUUUUAAUUACAUCUUAUUCAUACAUUCGACUGAUGCAGGAUAACAUCCACAGUUAUGACUGGCAUUAUGUGAUUCUGGAUGAGGGUCACAAAAUCCGAAAUCCAAAUGCCGCAGUCACACUUGCAUGCAAACAGUUCCGCACACCCCAUCGAAUCAUCUUGUCUGGUUCCCCUAUGCAAAAUAACUUAAAGGAGCUUUGGUCCCUCUUUGACUUUGUAUUCCCAGGGAAACUGGGAACACUACCUGUGUUCAUGGAGCAAUUUUCUGUUCCAAUAACCAUGGGAGGAUAUUCCAAUGCCUCUCCUGUCCAGGUAAAAACUGCAUACAAAUGUGCCUGUGUGUUACGGGACGCCAUAAACCCCUACUUGCUGCGAAGAAUGAAGGCUGAUGUAAAAAUGAGCGUUUCACUUCCAGAUAAAAAUGAACAGGUCCUCUUUUGCCGUUUGACAAAUGAGCAGCGUCAAGUCUAUCAAAAUUUCAUCAACUCUAAAGAGGUUUACCAGAUUCUCAAUGGAGAUAUGCAGAUUUUCUCAGGACUAGUAGCUUUGAGAAAGAUUUGCAACCACCCUGACCUCUUCUCUGGUGGUCCCAGGAUUUUGAAGGGUGUACCAGAUGCUGAAGUGGAGGAACAAGAUCAAUUUGGAUAUUGGAAGCGUUCUGGAAAAAUGAUAGUGGUAGAAUCCUUGCUGAAAAUAUGGCACAAGCAAGGUCACAGAGUGUUGUUUUUUACUCAGUCAAGACAGAUGCUGCAGAUACUUGAAGUCUUUGUAAGAGACAGAAACUAUUCCUACCUCAGGAUGGAUGGGACCACAACAAUAGCUUCCAGACAGCCCCUUAUAACAAGAUAUAAUGAGGACAAAUCCAUAUUUAUUUUUCUUCUAACAACUCGUGUUGGUGGCAUUGGAGUUAACUUGACUGGUGCUGACCGGGUUAUUAUUUAUGAUCCUGACUGGAAUCCCAGUACAGACACACAGGCUCGGGAACGUGCUUGGAGAAUAGGCCAAAAGAAACAGGUGACUGUGUAUAGGCUUCUCACUGCAGGUACUAUUGAAGAGAAGAUAUACCACAGACAAAUCUUCAAACAGUUUUUAACAAACAGAGUGCUGAAAGACCCUAAGCAGAGGCGCUUUUUCAAAUCCAAUGACCUUUAUGAGCUUUUUACUCUGAGCAGCCCAGAUGUGUCUCAGGGGACUGAAACAAGUGCAAUUUUUGCAGGUACUGGCUCAGAUGUUCAAGUCCCAAAACACCAAUUGAAACAGAAACUUGAAAAGCCACCUGAUAAUGACACUUGUAAAGGUGGUCUCCAUCUUACAGAAGGCAGCUCACCGAAGUACAGCAAGUCAUGCAAUUCCUGCUCAACCACCCACAUGACAAAUUCUUCUUCUAAAGCAAUAGAGACAAGUGAGGAAACUAAAGGAAAUUUGGAAGCCUUUGACCAAAAUAGCUAUGCAAAAAGUAAUGCACAAGCUGCUACUAAUAUGAAUUCAUUGAAUAAAAGCAAGGAGGAAAGCUUGGAAAGAGCUGACAAACCUAUGUCCCAGUCAUUGCCAGGUGAUGCAGGGUCUUCAGAGAAUGCCAAAUGUCUGAACACCAUGGUGGCUAAUGCAAAUAUCAAGGACAAUUUUAGCCUGACAUGUGGUGCAGCUGGCUCUUGGGAAAAGCGGGUUACUAAAACUGAAGAUGGGCAAUUAGAUAAUAAUCAUUAUAAAUGCACCUCAAAAACAAAGCACAGGGUGGAUAUGCUGUCACAUGAGAGCCGCAAAGAUAAGUCUAAGAAGAAACAUCACAAAGAUGCUAGAUUUGAAGGAGAGCGCAUUCCUCAUCUAGUGAAACAAAAGCGAUACAGAAGGGAGAACAGUGAAGAGAAGGAGGAAGACUCAAAGAAAAAUGAUGAUUACGUCUUGGAGAAACUUUUCAAAAAGUCAGGGGUACACAGUGUUAUGAAACAUGAUGCCAUUAUAGAAGCUUCCUGUGCAGAUCAUGUGCUGGUGGAAGCAGAAGCAAACAGAGUAGCCCAGGAUGCUUUAAGAGCCUUAAAAGUCUCUAGACAGCGAUGUUUAGGAGCUGCUUCUGGUGUGCCAACCUGGACAGGUGUGAGUGGUCUUUCAGGUGCACCAUCUGGAAUAAAGAGUCGCUUUGGUCAAAAAAGAAACCCCAUGCUGCUCUCUUCACAUUCUGCUUGUGCAUCACCUGCAAAGAAGUGCAAGGAUGCAGAUACAAUAAAGAAAGAAAAUGUAAAGAAGUGUAGUUCCAAUGGGCACUUUGAUGGAAAAUCUGGAGAAUCGUCAUCCAGUGCACUAGAUUCCUCAUCUUUAUUAGCUAAAAUGAGGGCAAGAAACCACUUUAUUUUACCACAACGGACAGGAAAUGAGGGAGAUGAGAAUCCUCAGCAAGCCCUCGCUCCAGGCUUGGCUUCAACAGAAUACGAUGAACUGCUCGUGGACGUGCGUAACUUCAUAGCGUUCCAGGCCCGCAUGGAUGGCGAGGCUAGCACUCAGGAAAUACUGCACGAAUUUGAGUCCAAACUGCCAGUGGCACAGUCCUGUGUAUUUAGAGAACUUCUCCGUAAUCUCUGCACCUUCCAUAGGAGCCCAAAUGGUGAAGGUGUCUGGAGGCUAAAGCCAGAAUUCCGCUAACCUUUGUCAAGGGAAGGCACCUGUCUGUGCACUCAGCCACCACUCUCCUUUCAAAGACUUACUGUUUGUCUUUUAAAAUUAGGAAUUAUUUUGUAUUCAUGAUUUAAUAAUUGACUUGAGAAGUCAGUGGUGCAG